AUGUACUGGUCAACUCCCACAUCCAAUCCCAGUCCCGACACCACCGAACGGGACGACAAAACAUGUACAUGUUCGCAAGAACUACUCAAGGCAGCCUUCGAAGCAGCCACGUUAGCCAGCCACGAAUGCCGCAACCGUCUUUUUCACGCCAUCUACUGCGACCUUGAGGUCCAUUCAAAAACUAAAGGCAAGCCACUCCACUCCUUUCCUGGCAUCCCCAACAACUUUAUAGAUAUCAUCGGCCCAGCGCUCGACCCGCAAAUCCAACACAUUCUGUCUCUGCAUGGUAACUUGCAAAGGAAAUACAAGUACCAUGUUUCCAAGCUUCGCAAGAUAUUCCUGAUCUGUAUGCUUUCUUCGGUGGAUUAUAUUGACUUUCUUGGGGACAUGCUUAGAGUUGUUGACGAUAAUGACCAGGGCAAGUUAUCGUUAUCCGAUGACAACCUUCCUAUCGAAGGCAGCCGGGUGAGGGGGCUGGAUGAGAAGUAUGCAGAGAGUUUUCGGGAGUUCUUUUGGUAUCAGUACCUCUUUCUUGAUGGAUACUGCGGAGGAUUAGGGCAACCGGCAUUCAACGCUCCCCGAAAAGCAGGAUCUGUCAGUAAUGAGUGUGAGAUCUUUCAUGGGGCUUACCAGGUACCCCCAUCAUGA